CACUUGAAAUGAUCCUUCAGUUGGUACUGCUCCUUCAAGUCGGUCUGGGCUUUGGCCAAGAAAUCGGUUCACUACGGAUUAUGAACGGCACUAAGGCCAAGGUGAAUCAGUUUCCCUAUCAGGUGGGGCUGCUCUCCUUUUUCAAAGAAUUCAUGAAUGAACCUAGUCUCUGCGGAGGCGCUAUCCUCAACGAGUUUUUCAUAUUGACGGCUGCACAUUGCCUGCAAGAACCAAAGGCUAAGCUCUCCAAGGUCCUUGUUCAAGUGGGCAGCUUAGAUCCUCCGGGAGAUGAGAAAGCGAUUACAGUUAAGGCCAGCAACACCCGCGUCCAUGAGAAUUUCAAUCGUCAGACUGUGGAAAACGAUUUGGGGCUGAUCAAGUUGCCAAGGAUGCUCAAGUUCAAUAGGUUUCGUCAACCCGUCAAGUUGCCAAAGAACUCGAUGAGAAAGUACACAGGUCGCCCGGCGGUCGUCACGGGAUGGGGUGUGACCAACACCCUUGGACCCAGUCGGUUCCUUCAGUACCUCAAUGUGACCAUAAUCUCGAACAAGGAGUGCCAGAGGCAGUGGACCAAAGGGCUCAACGGCACUGGAAAGAGGAAGGAUAUAUACAGCUCAUAUGUAUGCAUUGACUCCAAGGUGGGUCUGCCAUGUCAAGGCGACUCCGGUGGACCGCUCGUUCUGGCCGAUGGAUCCAGGACCUUGGUGGGAGUUAUUUCGCAUGGUUACGAUAUGGGUUGUAUGAUCAAAGUGCCAGAUGUUUCCACAAGGGUUAGCCAUUUUCUUAAGUGGAUAGAGGUAAACAUGCUUAGGAUGUAGGAGGCUUAGCAAGGAACCACAUUAAAAGGAAGGAUAUCUUUUCAAACGUGUGCUUUAUUCUUAUUACUUCAUACAAACUUCCAUACACUGCCUCCUUAUCCGUUCUCCGUUCUCUUCGGUUCGAUUCUCAUAAUAUUCUCUUGUGGCUUUGCUAAAUUUGUUAUCAUUUCUUUAUGUAUUGUAUGUUAUUUUGUGACUUUGACGGUGUUGCUUGUCGUUUAAACAAUUUUAUGUUUAUGAUAAUGUUUUACAUAUUUUCAUUUUGUGGGC